CUCACACAGUGGAGACACGGAAGUUACCGCCUCUGGUGUGUAGAACUCUAGCCGAAGCAAUAACCGGAACAGGAGGAGUUUGGGCCCCAGUGUCUGCUGUGAAGGCUGAUAAAUGUCAAGAUGAUGCUUUCAAUCAGACAAAUCAUACGAUCACCUCUUCCUUCACCUAUACCUGCACUAGCAUGUAUUCGAUUUAACACAACAGGACCAGAGCAGGCUCCUAAGAAAACAAAGUUUGGGCCUCUGCAUGAUGAUGACAGAAUCUUUACUAAUCUGUAUGGACGUCAUGACUGGAGACUGAAGGGUGCCCAGAGCCGUGGCGAUUGGUACAAGACAAAAGAGAUUCUCUUGAAGGGAGUGGAUUGGAUACUUGGAGAAAUAAAGAAUUCUGGACUGCGUGGAAGGGGAGGUGCUGGGUUCCCAACAGGUCUCAAGUGGAGCUUUAUGAACAAACCUUCUGAUGGGAGACCCAAGUACCUUGUAGUAAACGCAGAUGAGGGCGAGCCUGGAACUUGCAAGGACAGAGAAAUCAUGAGACAUGAUCCACACAAGCUAGUGGAAGGGUGCCUCGUAGCUGGGCGCUCCAUGGGUGCACGAGCCGCAUACAUCUAUAUUAGAGGUGAAUUUUACAAUGAAGCAUCCAACCUCCAGGUUGCAGUGCAAGAAGCAUACUCUGCUGGCCUGAUUGGUCACAACGCUUGUGGCUCUGGUUAUGACUUUGAUGUGUUUGUGGUGAGAGGAGCUGGCGCCUACAUAUGCGGUGAAGAGACUGCUUUGAUAGAGAGCAUUGAAGGAAAACAGGGGAAGCCACGGCUUAAACCUCCAUUCCCAGCUGAUGUUGGAGUCUUCGGCUGUCCAACAACAGUUGCUAAUGUGGAAACCGUUGCAGUGGCUCCUACCAUUUGCCGACGUGGGGGUAGCUGGUUUGCUGGUUUUGGACGUGAAAGAAAUUCAGGAACCAAAUUGUUCAACAUUUCAGGACAUGUAAACAAUCCAUGUACUGUAGAGGAGGAGAUGUCCAUCCCACUAAAAGAGCUGAUCGAGAGACAUGCAGGAGGAGUCACUGGAGGCUGGGAUAACUUACUUGCUGUAAUUCCUGGAGGUUCCUCUACACCCCUCAUCCCACGAUCAGUUUGUGAGACUGUUCUUAUGGACUUUGAUGCCCUUGUCCAAGCUCAAACUGGCCUUGGUACAGCAGCUAUCAUUGUGAUGGAUAAAUCGACUGAUAUUGUCCGUGCAAUCGCUCGUCUUAUAGAAUUUUAUAAGCAUGAAAGCUGUGGUCAGUGCACACCGUGCAGAGAAGGAGUUGAUUGGAUGAAUAAAAUAAUGUGGCGUAUGUGCCGUGGUGAUGCUCGUGUGGCUGAAAUUGACAUGCUGUGGGAGAUUAGUAAACAAAUUGAGGGACACACAAUCUGUGCGUUGGGCGAUGGAGCUGCUUGGCCUGUGCAAGGUUUGAUUCGCCAUCUCCGUCCAGAAUUGGAGAAACGCAUACAACAGUUUAACACAGCCAACAGACAGAAGGCCAGCAGCUAAUAUGAAGAAUGAGUGUUGGCAAAGACUCCUAUUAUAAAUCCCAUCACAUGCCUGGAGGGGAUUCCGUUUGCCGUUUAUGAGUUAAUAAACUUGAACUUUCAUGGUA